UAGUGAAGCUCUCCUGUUUCAUCACGUGUUGGUAAAAACAAGCGCAAUGAUAGGUGAAGGCGGGACAGGCAUGAAGCAACAUGAUAAUGACUAGAAGGCCGGUACUAGGAGGGCAGUGGGCUAGGCGUCUGCUGUCGGAGCGCACGCCGUGAGGUGCUGAACAACGUAGCGCUUGUGUCGUUGGUAGCAGUAUGCGUACAACAAUGUCCCUAGCGAAGGCAUGCGUUCUCCAAGGCGCUGCCUUUGUUCUAUGGGCCUCGCUGCUUCUUGCUCGCAGCACAGCUUCGGUAGUGCUGCGAAGACAGGAUGGUGGCUUCAAAGGAGCUGGUACGCGGAUGCAGUAUUUGACGAAGUACUUGUCGGAGCACCGCGGGGCGUUCGAGAGCCAGCUGAGUGAAGCGCAGGCACAGCAGCCCGUGAUCGCGCAAGAAGCCACAGCGGCAGACGAAAAUGCUGACACCGAGUACACGAUGACACAAGCUGCCAAAUUCUACGAUAUCACCAAGCAGCUCCAGGCACAAUCAGUAAGCAAUCGGAAAACUCUUUCUGGUAGCAAUGAAUGCGAGGCACAACGCGAGCGAUCGUGUACAGCUUCCAUAUACCUUUGGAGUAGAAAAAGUUGAAAUAGAACGAACGCAUUUCCCGCGUCUCGGCACUCGCUUGCUUUUUUUUUAUUAUCCGCGGCAGCAGAACACGGAUGCAGAUUCAGAAGUAUUACCAUUACCAUUAGCAUUCUUGACAUUGCAUGCGAAGAGAGGUAGCCGCGGCUACGCGAACUGCUGCAAGGUGGUGCUAGUUAGCCCGAGCUGGCACGAGCAAAAGCGCAAGCGGUUCCAGAAAGUAAAUUGGCGCUGAUAGAACUGGUUGUUGCGAUGCAAGAGUUGCUGCAAGUGACGGACGCCCUCCUGAAGGUGGUUGGCGUGAACGGAAAUGGGCAGCAAUGCGGCAACGUAAAAUGCGGACUUCACGCCGUUUGUACCCAAACGACGCAGGGAGCUCAGUGCUUGUGCCAGCCCGGAUACUUCGGCGACGGAUUGAAGUGCAGCGAGCCGCCGACGUAUCUUCCGAAAAAAUUGCUCACCGACGGUUUAAAUGGCUUGGACGAGCGGGUCCUCGACCUUUCCAUGAUUCCGCUUGGGGCCGACCGGAUUCUCGUCGUGUAUCGCAACGCAGACCGCAACAAUCGCGGGUACCUGCUGCUGGGCACCAUCAGGGGCACCAUCCUCGAGUGGGGCACCCCGGAGAUGUUCUCCGUGAACGACAAGAAGGAGAAGGUGCAAGCGUGGGACCCUUCCGUCGUCGCUGCGCCUGGCGCUGACGGGACCAACGGAAAAAUCGUCAUUGCCUUCAGGUCUGCCCAAGCCGACGGAGACUGCCUCGCCGUGUCCGCUGAUAUCGAUGAUUCCAUGGGCCGUGGAUUCAUGGAAUGUACUCGUGUUUAUGCCAAAAUAUUUCAUGUGGUUUUUCCUGUGUGAUUGCGUUGCGUUCUCAUUUUGAUGCACAAAAAUUGCCCAACGGGUAGGAGUCAGUGUAUUUGAACAAGAUCAUCAAUCUGCAGAACCACAAACUGCGACUGACAGACGAUAAUCCUCUCCUAAAAGUUGUAGUGGCCCGUACGAGAUCUUUGCUCUUGCUUGAUUUCAAUUGAAAAGUCUGAUGAAAAUUUAAACAGGGAGUCCGACAGUGAAGUUUUGCGAGCAGCAAGCGAACAGCCGGAUUGUCGGGCAGUUAUUUCCAGAAGAGAAUUCCUACAUUGCGAUGUUCAACAGAAGGUCCGCUGCGGAAGGGACAUUUUCCGGGGCUGCGUUGACGUUUGACCUCGAGCGAUUCAAGAUGACCCCGUCCACAGCCGAUCCCGUGCAGUUCUCCGAUACCGCAGUUAGCGAUUUGAGGACUGCCAGGGUAAGUUAGUAGCGCGGGUUGGAUAGUAGAUUUUUCACUUUUCGAGGAUAACAAAUGUCAUUGCGUGCUGCUGCUGCGCACCACGGGCGACGAGAGCGUGUGUUUUUGCUUGGAACUUUCCGGGCUCAUCCUUUGCCACUCUGUCUUUGCUAAAGCGCGACUGCAUAUCCUCACUCUAUGCGAUUCCAAAUCGCUACGGCAGCACACGAGUAGGGUGAUUGCGCACCAAAAAUUGCAGAUGUCAUCGACCGGUUUUCUCCUGGAGUUUUCGCGAGCACCGCGAGAGGACGAAGAAAACGGCGGCACGGUGCAGCAAGACGCGGUCGUGACGUAUGGCAUGGUUGAAGAAGGAGCGCUGACUUUCCUGCCUGCAGCUAUUUCAGCCUUUCCGAAAGACAUGAAAAAAAUUUUGUACAAUAAAUUUUUUGAGGAUUGAUAAUUUUUUUCCGCGGAAAAGGAGUGGUGUAGAAGUGUAGAUGCUUAGGUUUUGAAAGAGUCCUCCGUUUCUACCUUCUCGAAUGUCCGCCCGUUUUGAUUGCAUCAACAUUGACUCCCGGAACACGACAGGACGCGGGAUCUAGCUUCGUUGUCAGGUAAGAUCGCUUGCCUCGGGCUAGGCGUGUCUUCCUCAGGCGUAAGUGUCUUUAAGACUCUCGAGGUAAACCCGAAGGCGAAAACCGAGCCGAAGUUGAAGUGGAUUUCGACGAAGCAGUUACAGCGACCCGGCCAGGUUCCAUUCGUUUCGCUGGUGAACUCGAAGCAGGACGAGCCGCUUCUCAUGGCGUUCUACGCGCCGGAGGGGGAGGAGCAGAGCUUCGUCGAGUUCUGUCCGAUCGACCUCACAAGCGGUAGUGUGGACGUGGCGCAGUGCCGCGAAAAGCCGGUUCCCGGCGUAGACGGCAGGAUGAAGGAGCUGCAGGCCAUUGACGUGGGGGGCGGCAAGUUGGUAGUCACGUUUACGACGGAAAAAUCCAACGCUGCGUAUUACAUGUUAUUUGGUGUGUUCUAGUCACCGUCGUGGUCGUUGUUCGCGCUCGCACGAAGUCGCAGGCUGUGGAUGUGGCGGAGUCGACAAAGGCAUCCGUAUGAGGUGAUCCUUCCACGGUCGUGGACUUGAAGAUUACAAGGACCGACACGACGGAGGUCAAAUAGAGGAGGCACAAAGAUCUGCGACUACACGACGCAUUUUUUUCCGG